AUGUCGUACUCGUCGCAGUUCCACAUGCCCGGAGCCUACCACUUCGAGGCCAACCCUGCCUCCACCUCGGGCGGCCCUGGCCUCAACGCCGGCAUCUUCCGCCCGCCCAUGUCCCCCUCCGCCUCGAGCUCCGUCCUCAACCUGGCCAAGUCCACCGGCAGCCUCUGCUCCGACGUCUCCAUGGCCAACAACAACAACACGCCCUCGGCCCACGCCAACGCCAAGAGGAAACGCGCGAGGGACGACCCGCGCAGGGAGUCGACGCCCCUGGCCGCGGACUGGACCGCCGCGGACCUCAGCGCCACCGCCUACGACGCCGAGACGCCCCUGGAGAGGAACGGCGACCGCCCACCGCGGUACGUGCUUGCGGGACAGAUCGAGACGCCGGGCGCGCGGACAUUUAACCCCCUGGACGCAAACAUGGACGACAGCGUCUACUCGGACGUCGACUACCGCCGGGCCCUGGGGUCGAAGAAACCACACCCCCGGGACCCCGAGACGCCGGGAGUGAACGGAACGGCAGGAGGAGGGCGCGACCUCGGCGCGACGCCGCAGACCCCCCAGUCGCAGGGCUGGGGCAGCUUCGCCUUCACGGUCGUCGGCAAGGUGUGGGACUUUUGCAAGGGCGGCGCGUUUAGGGGGUUCUACGCCGGCGGAGGCAAAGGGUACGAGUGGAAGGGCGGCGACUCGACCCCGCCGCACGCUGCUGCCGCGGCGGCGGACGGCGAGGACAGUCACGACCCCCCCUGGGGCAGCGCGAGCGAUCUGCCCGUCGGGCUCAACACGCCCGGCGCGUUCCCGGGCGCUCACUACGCGCCGACCCCGGAAUACCGCGACUGCUCGAGCCCGCCGGCGUCGACGCCCCGGCCUGCCGCUAAGCGCCGGCAGAUCAGCGAGAACGGAGACGAGCUCCGCAAGAACUGGGUCAUGGUGUCGGAAGACGACAACGACGACGAAGCCCACCCGCCACCGCCGCAACAACAGCAACAGCAGCACCUGCGGCCCGUGGCGGCCUCCAGGGCGGAGAAGAAGCGGCCGUCGCUGGCGCCGCAGCCCCGUCCCUCGAGCCGACAGCAGGCGAGACCGGCCGGCCCGAUGCGCAGGAUCAGCAUCCCCGUGUCGAGGCUCGGCGGCGGCGGCACGCCCAACGCGCCGCCGUCCGGCUGGCGGAUGCCCUCGUCGCGGAUAUCGCACGCCGGGUCGCCGGGCCUGACGGCACGGGAGCCCGCCAGCUUCGCCCCGCCCAGGUCGCCCGUCGCGGCAUCGCCGUCGCCGUCGCGCAGGACCUUCAGCCCCGCCGCUCUCACCAGCAGCAGCAGCAGGAUACCCAUGUCCUCGGGACGCGGCGGCGCCGGGUCGCACAGCAGCGCCAACCCCUUUGCGCCGCCGCGGGGCUGCUCGGCGUCUCCGAGGCCCAGCAGCCGGCAGAGCUCCAUGCCUUCUCCGUCCUUCGGGUCGUCGGGGACGCCUGGCGGCGGCGGCGGCCACAGGCGGGCGGCGUCGACGGCGGGCGCGCGGAGGGCCGAUGCCGCCGACCCCGUCUCCAACAGCCCGCGGCUCGACGCCGAGGCGCAACGGCUGGCGGCGCGCAAGAGGGCCGUGGAAAGAGACACGGACGCCCGCAUGGACGCGUUCAGCGCGCGACUGCGGGACAUGAUCAGGCAAGGCAAGGAGGCCCUGGGGACGACGGUCGAGGUCGACGGGACGGCCGAAGAUGGCGGGGAUGAAGGCUGGUUGGAUGAUGAGUGA